AUGUCGCUGCAUCCGCGCCAGUCGCUGCACCCGGCAGCCAUGAACCACAAUGCCGCCCUGCCCGCUCCACAACACUCGGUCACAGAACAAAUCAUGCAGCUCGAUCAGGCCAUCACACUGACAUUGCAAGAGAUUGACCAGAACUUUGCGACCGCACACCAGAUCGUCACAUCCCGCAUCCUCCCAGCCGUCAAGGAAUAUGGUGUGGCUAGCGCAAGGGUAUGGCAGGGCGCCAAAUUCUGGAAGACGUUCUACGAAGUCUCGGCCAACGUCUCGCUCACCGCGCACGUUCAGAAUGAAUCCGAAUUUGAUGCCAACUCGCAGGGCGGCGAUGUGACGCAGACCGGGAACGAUUCGCGCGAGAAUGCCACCUUCACCAGCGACGAUGAUGGACGCAGCCCUCGUUCGGACGCUGGCUCUGUCAUCUACACCGACAUCGACGCCUCGCUCGCGUCCGACGACCAGGACAUCGAUGGACAGGAUGCGGCAGACCAGAGCGUUGAACAGGUGCCAGCGGAUCGUGCACGCGCAGCCUCGCCUCCUCGCUUUAGCAACGCAUCCAUGGCGGCAGCCGCUCGACGAGAAGCAGCUCAGCGAAAGCAGCAGAAGCCUCACGACCGCGAGGAUCAAGAGAACAUCUUUGACCCUGCCGAGUCGCCAUUCGAGCGUCUGCGCCGCGACAUCACAUCGGGUCUCGGAAAGGGCAUCAACGAUCCGAGCAUGGAUCAGAGCUCCUACAAUGACCGUGCCGCUCUGGCUCAUGGCAUCGAGAACUUUGGAUCCACCCGCGCUGGCAGGGGCGGACGCCCCGUCGACCCGGACAGCUCGAACGCCUCGUCCCUCCACGAUCUUCCCCAGUUCAAGUCGUCGGCUGCUUCUGGCGGUCGCCUCAAGACGUCGUCGACGCCCAAAAAGGGCGCACUGCUCAACAAGGUGCUCGACUCGGAGCACAAGCGGAACAAGGGCCGUCUCAGCUACACCAAAAUCCAGGCUACGCCUCGAAGCUCGCAGUCCAAGUCGAAUCCGUUCGCACCGCCCAGCGUGCGCAUGUGGGACGGCAUUGUCGAUCUGCGCAAGACACCGCUGACGUCCAAGAUCAAAGGCACCAAAUCGUCAAAGGCCGCCUCGGGCAGCAAGCAAGCAGCUUCCAAGGGGUCGGCUCAGGCGGAGGAAGACACCGAAUGGGAUUCGGAUUCGUCCGACAAGGAGGAUUCGCUCGGAUGGCCCGCCGGCAUGUCGCCUCCCGUGACGAUGCAGUUUUCGGUGCCGCAAAGUCGAUAUGCGCAAACACCCGCCAAGGAAGCCGCCAAGAUGAUGGUGGAUGAUCUUCUUCGCAGCGUCGGCGCUUCCAGUCCUGCUCCCAGAGCAUGGCCCAAGAGUGCCAGCAAGCAUCGAGCAGCGGAAGGCGCGGCAGCUCACGUGGCGAGCUCUCGCAAGCAGCCAGUAUCGACGCCUUUGCGAAUGGGCCGCAAAGAGGCCAAGCAGCGCGACAGGCAGAGUGGCGCCGGACGACGACGAGACUCGAUCCCCACGCCCCCGACGCUCACCAAGCGUGGACCGAGUCUGGCGCAGGACGAUACGCCCAGCAGCAGUCUGGUGGGUGGAGCGUCGACUGCCAAUGCUAGCUCGGCCGCCAUGCUGAUGGACGCCGACGAGGGACUCGAGCCCGGCGUCUCUGCGCCCGACAUGCAUCACCGCUUCAACGCGCUGAACCUCAAGAAUGCGGGAGUGCUCCCCCUGGAAGACGACGAUGACGACGAUGAUGAUGACGACGACGAGUCAUCGGACAGCGAGUCGGACGAUGGCGGUGACGAUAUCGCCGGCUCGAUGCUGUCGUCCGGCGCCAAAUACUCUGUCUCGAGCAACAGCCGCAUUGGCGGAGGCAGCCAGCACGACAACUCUGGCUGGACCAGCUCCACCGUCUCUUCGUUCAACCAGCCCAAACAGGCGGGCCGCAGCAUUGAAGACGAUACGCUGUUUGGCGUUCGAAGCAAUGCUGCGCCGCGUGAGGUCGAGAUGCAAAGCAGCCGCAGUCAGCCCAAAGCGGGAACUGCGAGCGCUCAGAGCAGGGCGACCGGCGCCAAGGGCGAUGACCCGCGAGGCGAAGACUCGUUCAAGGUGUGGGGCCACGUAGAUGAAAUGGGAACCGUUCACGGCGGACGACCGCUGGUGGAUCGAGACGACACCUACAGCGCACCCAGCCCGACCCCGUUCAACAUGAACGCUGGUGCUGGCGCUCGCAGGUGA